UUCACUCACUCACACAUCUACUUCUCCUUUCAACUCCCCCAAGAGGACCAGGACAAAACGACUGAUCUGAGACUACUGCCUUCUUCAACUCAACAGUCCCAUUACGUCUCCUCCAUUUUCCCCUCAUUUUAAAUUGCAAUCUCGCUGCGCAAUACGCACCCUGAUUCUUUAUAACUCCAUCCCAUCAUCAUCAUCAUCAUCAUCAUCAUCAUCACCACCACCACCAGCAGAAGUAGUACAGUACAAUCACUCCAGAGCCUCGUGGCAAUAGCAUCAUUCCCCCCCAUUUAAUUGGAUUGAAUGUGACUUGGGUAUUGCUCUUGUGAUUUUUCUGCUUGAGGAAUUGUAGGAGACCUGUUUUGGAAGUCUUGGCUUUGGUGGUGUAUUCUGUGGUUGAUUAGACUUCGGUUGUUUGCUGAAGCUGUAAAGGCCUAAUGAAUGUUUUGGGAAUUCUGGCAUCUGGGUUUGUCUCGCUUUUGUGUUCACAAUAAUGGGCUGCGCUUAUUCAAGGGCUUGUAUUGGAGAGAUAUGUGCACCAAGAGAAGUCAAGGUUAAGGAAAGUGACAAGGUUAAAGCGGCUGAGAUUCGAGUGUUCUCACCUGCUUCUACAGAUGAAGAAGGGGAAAUUAGAGAUCAGUUUAACCAGUCAAGUUUAACUAGGGAUCAUGAGGUAGGUAUAAGUAGACUGUCUAGGGUCUCAGCCCAAUUUUUGCCCCCGGAAGGCUCACGGACUGUGAAGGUUCCGACAGGGAAUUAUGAAUUGAGAUACUCAUUUCUAUCUCAGAGAGGGUACUAUCCCGAUGCACUUGAUAAAGCUAACCAAGACAGUUUUUGCAUUCAUACUCCAUUUGGAACAAGUCCAGGUGAUCAUUUCUUCGGGGUUUUUGACGGCCAUGGGGAAUUUGGGGCUCAGUGUUCGCAGUUCGUUAAGCGGAAAUUGUGCGAAAAUUUGCUUAGGAAUGGUAAGUUUCGUGUGGAUGCUGUUGACACAUGUAAUGGAGCAUUCUUAACGACAAAUGCUCAGUUACAUGCUGACGAUUUGGAUGACAGCAUGAGUGGGACUACAGCAAUUACAAUAUUGGUCCGUGGUACAACAAUUUAUGUUGCUAACUCAGGUGAUUCAAGAGCUGUUAUAGCUGAAAGAAGAGGGGACGAUAUUGUGGCUGUUGACCUUUCAAUUGAUCAAACUCCAUUUCGACCUGACGAACUUGAAAGAGUUAAGCUUUGUGGAGCAAGAGUUCUCACUUUGGAUCAAAUUGAAGGACUGAAGAACCCCGAUGAGCAAUGUUGGGGCACUGAAGAAAGCGAUGAUGGUGAUCCACCAAGAUUGUGGGUACAACAUGGGAUGUAUCCUGGUACGGCAUUUACACGGAGUAUAGGUGAUUCUAUUGCUGAGACAAUUGGAGUCGUUGCAAAUCCUGAAAUUGUUGUUUUUGAGCUCACACCCAAUAAUCCCUUCUUUGUGCUUGCCAGUGAUGGGGUCUUUGAAUUCCUUUCCAGCCAGUCUGUUGUGGACAUGGUGGUAAAACACAAGGAACCUCGUGAUGCUUGUGCUGCAAUUGUGGCGGAAUCUUAUCGUCUUUGGCUUCAGUAUGAAACUCGUACAGAUGACAUUACUGUAAUAGUUGUGCAAAUUAGUGGCUUAACUCAGGCUGCUGUUGCUCAAUCACCAAGUUCUAAUGUGGUUUUAAGACCCCCACUACCUCAAGUUGUUGAGGUGUCAGGAUCAGAGUCUCCUUCAGUUUUGAGCUGGAAUUCUAAAAUCCACCGUGUAAGGCAAGAUGUGUCAAAGGCACGACUUCGAGCUAUAGAGAGUUCUUUGGAUAAGGGGCAAAUGUGGGUUCCUUCUUCUCCAGCUCACAGAAAGACAUGGGAAGAAGAAGCACACAUUCAAGGGGCAUUGCACGAUCAUUUUCUUUUCAGAAAACUUACAGAUUCUCAGUGUCAAGUUUUGUUGGAUUGCAUGCAAAGGGUUGAAGUUCAAGCAGGAGACAUUGUGGUGAAGCAGGGUGGUGAAGGUGACUGUUUUUAUGUUGUUGGAAGUGGAGAAUUUGAGGUCUUGGCCACACAGGAAGAGAAAAAUGGGGAAGUGCCUAGGGUUUUACAACGGUACACAGCUGAGAAGUUAUCAUCGUUUGGAGAGCUGGCAUUGAUGUACAACAAGCCCCUCCAAGCUUCUGUUCGUGCUGUAACCACUGGAACUCUAUGGGCGCUCAAGAGAGAGGAUUUUAGAGGAAUUCUUAUGUCAGAGUUCUCUAAUUUGUCAUCAUUGAAGCUUUUACGGUCGGUGGAUCUUCUCUCAAGGUUGACAAUACUGCAGCUAAGUCAUAUUGCUGAUUGUCUUUCAGAAGUGUCUUUCUUGAAUGGGCAGACAAUAGUUGAAAAGAAUGAGGAUCAUGGUUAUAUAUAUCCAAAGGGAGUGGUAGAAAAUUCAUUGACAUGGAUUCCUAUGAAAAUAGCAAGCGACAGCUUUUGUCUGAAAACUCAGGAGGAUGAUGAUGCAGAAGAGGUGCUGCAGAAAAGUUUGAAUCAGUUUGUGGGUUCUGGCAAAGCUACACAGGAUGAUCAAGCCAAAAGACUAUCCUGUGAGCUAUCAGAAUCUAAUGGAUAUGUACGAUGCUUCAACAAUCUGGAUACAGGUUCAGUUUCUGACUUGAUUGCCAGUGAGAUUGGCCUGUAUGGUGUGGAGACUCAGAGAAAAAAAGAUAAAUUGCUUAGCUUGAAGAGGUUUUCCAAGCAGAAGAUUAAAAGACUGGGAAAACAAAUGCAGGUUCUGAAAGAGAAGAAUCUGAUAAUGUGCACAAGCCCAUCUGCUGGAGUGCCUCGAAUUGUAUGCACCUCUGCUGAUCAAACACAUGCCGGCAUACUUCUGGAUACACGGCUUGCUUGCUCUUUAGCUUCUAUUCUUCAGAGCCCACUUGAUGAACCAUGUGCACAGUUCUGUGCUGCCUGUGUUGUUACUGCUCUGGAAGAUCUGCACAAGAUUGGCAUUCUUUACAGAGGUGUGUCUCCUGAUGUUCUAAUGUUUGACCAGAUGGGAUAUAUACAGCUAGUAGACUUCAGAUUUGGGAAGAAGUUUUCUGGUGCGGCUGGUGAGAGAACUUUUACAAUUUGUGGGAUUGCAGACUCUUUAGCUCCUGAAAUUGUCCAAGGGAAAGGGCAUGGUUUUCCUGCUGAUUGGUGGGCUUUGGGAACCCUGAUCUACUUCAUGUUACAAGGUGAAAUGCCAUUUGGAUCAUGGAGAGAAAGUGAGCUUACGUAUGCAAGAAUUGCAAAAGGACAGCUAACUCUUCCACAAACUUUUAGUCACCAUGCUGUUGACCUUAUUACAAAGUUACUUGAAGUAAAUGAAAGUUUAAGACUCGGAAGUGGAGGGGUUGGCUCUCUAAAAAGUCAUCCAUGGUUUGAUGGCGUGGAUUGGAAAGGAGUCAGAGAACGUACAAUUCCAACUCCUCAUGAAAUAUUCUCUCGUAUAAAUCAACACAUGGAAAGCCCUUCUGAAGAUAAUGCAUCCCCACUUAAUUCUCCUGUUAACGACCUGGAAGAGCUUAACAACCCAGAAUGGCUGGAGGAUUGGUAGAAAUUUGCCUUGGUAAGCAAAAUUGACUUUGUUGGCAUUCAAGUUUCAUUGGCUGAAGUGCCAAGAUACAACCUCUUGAUCAUCUCACCUGUAUUUUAGGUGGUAGCAUGGAGAAAAUGCCUCGUUUUGCUUACUUUGCUAUAGAGAACCACUCACUGAUAAAACCAAUUAACAGGUUGCUCCCUCUGUACAUAACUCAAAAUGCAAAUGAUUUGAGUGGUUUUCUUGCUUCUUCUGUCCCAUUUCUUUAAUGAGAGUGGAGAUCCUUGUAAGAAUGCAACUGCCAGAUAGAUAGCAGUUUAGCAAGGUUCCAGAAAUUCUCAGUUAAUAAUAGGUUUCUUGUAUCUCUUGGUAAAAUGAUUAACGAUUGUUACCUCAGGAAUUAAGAUAUGUGGAAUACUUUUUUGAUGGAUAUCAAAAACAUCUGUGUUAUUUUUUU